CCCCACCCCCCCAUAUAAUAUCUUCCCUACCCCCCGUUUUCGUCAUUCUACUUCACCUACUCAGGAUCCUCCCUCAAGAUUCUGGAAUCAUGAAUCUAUCCAAUUUCAGAUUAAAUUAGUUUUUGUUUUUUAAUUAAUUUUAUUAAAAAAAAAUUUGGAACUCGUUAUUAAUGGCGACCGAUGACGAUACUGAGAGUUGUAGUAGUAGACCGCUCGAUUUUUCCCCGAAAACACGGAGAAAUCAUCAACAAUUAAAGCUGGAAGUGUUCAAUGAUGUUCUUCACAGGCUUCAAGACUGUGAUUGUUGUUGUGAAGAUGCUAAGCUUCCUGGCUUUAAUGAUCAGCUUUGGGUUCACUUCAAUCGUCUUCCUGCGAGAUAUGCGUUGGAAGUGAACGUGGAGAGAGCGGAAGAUGUUUUGACGCAUUUGAGACUGUUGCGCCAAGCGGAAGACCAUGCUAAUGUACUUGCUUAUGAUGUCCGUGUCGUACAGGUCAAUCUCACCACAAACGGACAUUCUUUCGAUUCACAUGCUUCUAUGGAUGAAGGUAGUCAAGGUUCUGUCAAGAACCCUUUUGGUCUGGGUCUUUCCCUCAGCUUGCACCUACCACCUACAUUCAGUUCAUUACCAAGUCUUGAUGGCGUAAAAUGCAAUGUUGAAGAUAGAGAUAGCUUUGUAAAUGCUACCAUUUUGCACUCCACGAGGGCGAUGCAUCAAAUCACCUUUUCUAUUGUUGACAAGCCAAAACUCCUUAACCAGCUGACUUCCUUACUGUCUGAGAUGAGCCUGAACAUUCAAGAGGCUCAUGCCUUUUCCACAGUUGAUGGCUUCUCUUUAGAUGUUUUUGUGGUUGAUGGUUGGCCUCAUGAGGAAACUGAGCAGCUUAGAAGUUUAUUGGGCAAAGAAAUUCAAAAAAUGCAGGAUCCUGAAUCACAAGCUCUUUCAUGGGCAGCUGUUGGUGAGCAUCAUCGUGAAGCAGUUAAAUGUGGUUAUAGAAAUGUAAAGGGAAUGCCAAGCAGAAAUAAUGAGAGUGAUAUUGAUCAGAGUCUUCUAAAAGUAGGAUGCAGAGUGGCAUCUGGCUCACAUGGUGAUUUAUACAAAGGGACAUACUGUGGUCAGGAAGUUGCAAUCAAAGUUCUAAAGUCAGGGCAUAUCAAUUCCGAUGUGGUUGAAGACUUCUUUCAAGAAGUUAAAAUAAUAAGGAAACUUGAGCACAAGAAUGUUGUGCAAUUUAUAGGUGCUUGCAAAAAAUCUCCAAACCUUUUCCUCGUGACAGAGUUCAUGCCAAAAGGAAAUUUGUAUGAUUUCAUGCAUAAAAGAAAAGGUGUGUUCAAAUUACAGUCACUACUAAGGGCAGCUAUUGAUGUUUCCAUGGGAAUGGAGUACCUCCACCAAAAUAACAUUGUACACAGGGACCUUAAAACUGCCAAUCUGCUUAUGGGAGAAGAUGGAGUUGUUAAGAUUGCUGACUUUGGAGUUGCUAAAGUGCAGACAAAAUCGGGAAUCAUGACAGCCGAAACAGGAACCUAUAGGUGGAUGGCUCCAGAGGUCAUUGGACAUAAACCGUAUGAUCAUAAAGCGGAUGUCUUUAGUUUUGGGAUAGUGCUCUGGGAGCUUCUUACGGGCGAAAUUCCGUACUCCUCCUUGACCCCAUUGCAAGCUGCAAUUGGAGUAGUUCAAAAGGGACUUCGACCUCCUAUUCCAAAGCACGCUCCUUCAAAACUAGCUGAUCUGCUGGAGAAAUGUUGGCACCAGGACCCCACUCUUAGGCCCAAAUUUUCAGAAGUCACCGAGGUCCUGCAGCAAAUAGCCAAUGAGGUUUGCACUAGCCGUUUUUAAGAGGUAGUAGAUGAAGUCAAUAGUUUCCAGAAUAAAUCUUCGGCUGAAGGAUUCUUCUCAUCAAGUGCGCCCGUCAGCAACGCUACAGGUCUCUCUCGCUAGAUUGUAUAAUAUUUUUCUCAUUAGAUUGUAUAAUAUCUCGUGUGACUAACUGGAACUGAUUAACAACUAGCGUUGCGAGAGAGAAGGCUGGGGUGGGGAGGAUGCUGUUUGUAAUGUUUCUUGAUCAAUUUAUUGGAUUAUAUACUGUAUAUUUCUCCAAUGUGUGAAUGUCCGCUUGGAUUUAUCACCA